AUUGAUCAGUUAAAUCGUAACAAUUCAACCAAUUGAUUAGUUUUUUUUUCUUAAUGUUUCAAGUUAAUUGUUGAUAAUAAAUACUGAUUGUUUUAAAUUGAUUGGUUCAUAUUGAUACUUAAAAAGUGAUUGAUUAUCAAGUAUCUCCAUCAAAUGAUUAACCAAACAAUUUAAAUUGAUUGUCCAUCAGAGGGCGACCAGUUAAUCAGUUGACGAUCAAUAUAAAUUGAAAAGUGGAAACAAUUAAACAAUUCUAAUUGUUGAUUAAUUAUUCAAGUGACCUUCUCAUAAUUUGAGUGUAAUUAUUUAAACAAUUAACUAAUUUUCAUCUUCAUUUCGGACACAAUCAGUUAAUCAUUUCUGUUUAAACUAAAAAGUUAAUCAAAAUGGUUGGUGGUGACAAGGAAAAUUUAAAACCAAAUGUUAACAAUAAAUGUACACAAAAGGGUAAUAAGAAAAAUCGUAAACGUAAAUCAACCGGAAAAGGAAAAGAUAAAGUUGAUGAUGAACAACCUUCAACCUCUUCCGGUUCAAGGGUAACAAUCAAAUCAUCGAGACUAAGUGACAAUUUACUUGAACAAUUUCGACAAUUAAAUACUGUCAAAGAACCAUUGGAAUCAUGUAGUAGUAGUAAUGCCGUUAAAUGUUCAAACUCGACGAAGAAGAAGGAAUCAAAAUCGGGCGAUGCCGAAGCAUUUGAAUUGGAAGAGGAGGAAGAUAAGGACAAGAAGAAGUCACAUCGAAACAAGGCCAGAGCGGAAGACGCUUUCGCGGAAUUGGAAAAUUUAACUGGUAUCAGUUUGAACAAUCUUCCCUCUGCCCUUUGUUUAAGGCCAAAAUUUGAAAGUGGCCGAGGCGGUGAAAGGAUCGCUCUUUUAACCAACUUUUUCCGUCUCAAGUUGAAAGGAAAUAUGGUCCAUCAAUAUGAUGUCGCGUUCUUACAGCCCGAUGCUGAAUCAGCGGCCGUCGAGAAGGAACAGGAAGUUGGCCGAGUUUUCCGUCGAAUAACCAAAAGGAUGAAUCAAACUCUUCUCAAGAAUUUCGUUGAAACAACGGGCAGUGACCUGUUCAAAGGGACGAGUUACGCUUUUGACAAUGAUCGUAUUCUUAUUACCAAUCGGCCUCUUGCCGCGAUCCCAAGAGAUGGACUGAUAUUUAGGUUCUUUGUUACUGAGAAUGGUAAUGGGGAAAUUCCCAGGCAAAUGUAUCUGAUUAGGAUUAAGCCCACAGUCCGUCUUUCUCUUGCCUUCGAAUCGGUGAUCGGUUCUAAUCAAGAUGUGGUCAGUGAUCGAGCGGUUUUACAAGUGAUCGACAUUAUCUGUAAGACUCACGCCUUCCAGAAUUACAUAAUUUAUGGUUCGAAAAUUUUCUUCCCGUCAAUUGAACGGCGACGAAUCCCGAUGGAUCUGAGACAUUCAUCAUCUCCAUUUGAAUUGGCCUUUGGUUAUCAUCAGUCGACGCAAUUCUGUCAGGGUGGACCCAUGCAGAAUAUUGACCGAGCUUCGGCUGUACUUUAUCGAGAAGGACCUUUAAUCGAUCGAUUCAUCGAUUUGAUUGGAAAAAAUUUUCUUUAUUCUGACAGAAUUGAACCAAAUGACUUUGAAUCUCUUAAAGAUUUAUACUUUCUCCGAUUCUAUACCAAUUAUCGUGGUUUCACUAAAUGCCACACAAUCAGAUCGAUAACCCAAACACCAAGUACCGAAACUUUUUUCCGUGAUAAAGAUGGAACAACAAAUUGUGUCGCCGAUUAUUUUCUCAAUCAUUAUUCAAUAGAAUUGCAAUAUCCAAACUUACCUUGUGUCGAAUACAGUGCCAAUAGAUUUAUACCUAUUGAACUUUGUUUCGUUGCCCCCGAUCAACGGAAUCAACGGAAAUUACGAGAUGAAUUGAUCAGAAUUGUGAGUACACAUUCGACCUCUCAAAAGCCCUACCAAAGAGUUGAAGGAACAGUUCAAUCGGCCCAUGCGAUUUCUAGUCAAAAAGUUUUAGAUCAAUUUGGAAUUCAAUUGGUUCCAUCGCCGGUUAUUGUUCAAAGUCGACUCCUCAUGUCACCUAAAUUAAAGUACAACAAUGUUGCCGAUUUUGUCCCACGAGUACCUGGAGAUUGGAACAUGUCGGAUAAGAGAUUCAUCGAACCUGUCGCUCUAUCUCGAUGGGCCUUAUUCGCCUAUCAAACGCGAAAGAUAAGCGACAAUGCGGCCAUUGAGUUCGUCCGUCGUAUCAGACGAACCGGUGAAAUGCUCGGAAUGAACAUUGAGAAUCCCAUUAAUCCAUUUCGAUAUGUAGCUCGAGAUAAAUUACUCGAGUGGUUACAAUUAUGUUCAACCAAAAAUCUCCAGCUAAUUGUUGUCUUCAUGCCGGAAAGUGUUGAUUAUUAUACUGCAAUUAAAUCAAUCGGUGAUCUACAGAUCGGUGUUCCAACUCAGGUUAUCGUCGAUAGGCACUAUGAUAAUCGAGCGGACAGAGCGGACUGUAGACAGAAACUUUAUGAUCCAACUUUCCUUUGUAAUCUAUUGAUGAAAAUGAACAUGAAAAUUGGAGGAAAAAAUUUACAAUUAUGGGAAAACAAUCGAUGUUCAAUUCUAAGUGAUAAAACGAUGGUGAUUGGAAUUGAUGUUAAUCAUCCUUCUCCCGGUGAAAAUUCACCUUCGAUUGCGGCGGUUGUUGGUUCGAUCGAUUCUGGUUUCUCUCAUUAUCGAACUGAGAUCAAAAUCAAUCGAUCACGAGAGGAAUUGGUUCGAGUUGAUGAAAUGAUCCCACCGAUUUUACAAGCAUUCAAAAUAUCGAGAAGUUGUUACCCUGAACAUAUUAUCGUCUAUCGAGACGGUGUUUCCGAAGGUCAAUUUGCUUACGUUUUGAGUAGUGAAAUAUUCCCACUUCGUAAGGAGCUCGAAAAACUUGGUCCAAGACCACCGAAAUUGACCUACAUCGUAGUUCAAAAGAGGCACAAUGGUCGAUUCUUUCCAAGAGAUCGGAGUAAAGCAACAAAAUCGGGCAAUUUACUACCCGGUUCUGUUAUCGACAGUGAGAUUUGUCACUAUAAAUGGUUCGACUUUUAUCUUUGCAGCCAAAAUUCAUUUCUGGGAACUGCUCGUCCUGGAAAAUAUACUGUCCUCUGGAAUUCGAGCCCUGCCCUUGCCGAUGACCUGCAAAUGGCCACUUAUUACCUUUGCUACUUGUUCGCUCGAGCAACAAAAUCGAUCGCCGAUCCAGCCCCAGCCCGUUAUGCCCAUCACGCUGCCGCUCGAGGGAAAGUUUACCUUAAAGAGAUUCUCAGAAAAGAUCCCCAACUAUUUAACUCUAACAGUGUUCAUCAAAUUGAAUUGACUCUAAAUCGAGCUCUAAGUGUUGUUAAUACCUUAAAAAAUACUUUAUACUUCAUCUAAAUUCUGUUAAUCAUUUCACAAUUUAAUUCUUUUAAUCAAACUAAUUGUUGAAUUUUCAUCUCUCUUUUAACCAAAGGAAAAAAGUUUCAUUGACAAAUCAAUAAAAACUCUUGUUGAUAUUAACAGAAA